AUGGGCUUUGGGGUCGAAGUGGAGCUCAGCUCGGCCGGAGCCGCGCAUGCCGCGCCAGCCGGAGCUGCCAUGGCUCCGGUGGCUCCGGCUCCACAAGCUGCACAAGUCCAGGAGUGGACCAACAUGUUGCCGCGGCCAAGCGAAUUGCUCCUGUCCGGACUGGAUGAAAGGUUUGCCCGUGACAUGUGA